UGCAAGGCGAGGACUAUAAUCACACCGCUUCGCACAACCAUUAAACCUUUCUGUAUUGGUCUGAUAGUUUACUGCACCUACAGCCUAAAUCAACUUUCAUGAUGUAUCGAACCUUACUGCACCUGUGCUUCAUCAGCCUGGCUUUAGCAGCCAUCAGAGUGGACCAGAAACGUGGCUUCAAGUUUUGCGACACGCCUCAGCUGGCCCAGCUGGUGAGCGUCGAGGUGGAGGGCCCAGGCUGCUCGCGGUGGCCGUGCUUGCUCUUCCCAGGACGCUCUGGAGCCUUCAAAAUCACGCUCUACAACCAGAACGAGGAAGCGAUCAAUGACCUGAACAGCGACAUCCACGGGACGGUGCGCCUGAACGGCGUGGCGGGCCUGACGGGGCGCCAGAAGGUUGGCAUGCCUGGGGAGGUUAAAAAGAAGGCUUGCCAAUUCACGAACCCAGGCUGCCCCAUACCCCCACACUCCUACUUCGAGAUUACCAAAGUUGUCACCGUACCCAUGCAGGCCAGAAUGGCCCACGGCAUGAUGAUGACGGAGUUCAAAGUGAACGACGGCCGCGGCCGGACUCUGACAUGCUUCAAGGCUCCCGUGCUGCUAGGCAAAUAAUUUAAUGCUUUAAAUGACAACCUGAGCGUUUCACCAAGACAAUUUACGAAUGUAUUUAUACAUCGCGUUUGUGUUGGAUCAAGCAAGGUGGUAGGUAGUCGAAAACCAUGAAGUACGAAUGUAUGAUUUGGUUAAUUGCUGAAUUAACGUUUUAAUUUUACUGCGUUCCGCAAAGGUAUUAGAUUCGUAGAUUCAAACAUUCCAUUAGGUCAAUAGGAUAUAUAUUUAUCUCACGUAAAUUUGCAUCAUGCCAAAGAAAAAAGCUUCUACUUACGCAGCAAGUGCCCCACACAGUGAGUUUCUCCCAUAAUUUAGAUAGUAAAAAUUCAAAAUACGACGAAAGUAGUAUGCCUUUCAACUGAAAUGCGUUUUCACAAUGUUGGUGAACCAUCAAAGCACCAACUAAAAUGUUUCAACGACCGAAAGCUGCUGCAGCGUUUUGCUGCGCAUAGAAAAGAUACGAACUUGUUUUUACAGAAUUCUUGCCAAGUGGUGGUAAAAAAAGUCGUGCGGCUGUUAAAAUAAAGCAUAAUCAGCUAAUUAAAUUAAAAUGCGCAGCAAGACACAGAGAAUCAAUCUAUGCCGACGAAAGUGUUUACUCAGAGAAACUAUUCUCACCUUAUUUUUUCUGAAGAUCGUCCGCGACAUCGACAUUUUUAAUUGAUUCAGUUAUGUAUAAUAUUUCAUUGAUACGAUAUAAUUCUACGAUGAGAUUUCAUUUAAAAAUAAGGCCAGAAUGAAUUGCCCAACAAGUAAUGUUAAAAAUGAAAAGUUUUCCAUAGAGAUCCUCAGCAAACAACGUUAUAACCGUUUUGUUAUAACAAGAGCAAACAACGUUAUAACCGUUUUGUUAUAACAAGAAGCACACAACACGGCGAGAUAGAAAAUGACGAUGUAAAUAACAGGAUCUCAUGCACGCAGUUUGUAGGCUAAGCAGCGGCGCAGCACUUGUUGCACGAGUUAGGUUCCUUGCAUCUCGUAGAUGUUGUUUUUAUCAAUAAAUGUUGACUUUCCAA